UCAUUGUGUGUAUGGAGAGACAGACUCGAGAACCGAGUUUUUUUUAGAAAAUACCUUCAUAAUUUGACCGAGCAUUAAGGAGAAGCGUCCGUAAAUUUGUGUCUUGCAUUAAAUAAAGACUGCAAAUGGCAGCUGUUUAACCGCGGAGAGCAAAAGCGUUUUUGCGGGAAAUGUACCGCGGUCGACCGCCACCGAGAGGGGGCUACAGGCCGCCGCCGUCUAGGCCUUACCCGGCACCAGGUUACAGAGACGACAGGGGCCGGCCCAGGGCUCCGUACCAUCCUGGAUAUCCAGACCAUGGUCACCAAGAAUCCUACCGUCGCUCUCCGCCGCGCAGGAGGUACCCUUCCCCCCCAUCAGGAAGUCACCCAAGCGGAGAGUACUGGGCCGGUGGUCCACCGAGAGACAGGUCUCCAUCACCACGUGGACCUGUUCCCCUUGAUCACAACUUGCUCAUCACUGUUGGCAAUGAGCUAACAGGACCUUCUGGCUCUGCCCCCCCACGCCACCAUGAAAGAGACUACCCCCUUCGUCCCGCGUAUGAGCGAAGCAGAAGCCGAGGCCGUAGCCGACCUGGCAGCCGAGAGCGGAGUCCGGACCGAAGCCGGGCCAAGAGUCGAGGACGUAGCAAGAGUCGGGCGAGGAGCAAGAGCCGUCCCCGCAGCCACAGUCGCAGCCCGGAUAGGAGCAGGGCCAAGAGUCGAGGUCGGAGCAAAAGCCGCAGUCCAGAUCGGAGCCGGGCCAAGAGCCGGGGCAGGAGCAAAAGUCGUCCCCGCAGCCGGUCUCGAACUAGGUCCAGGUCUAGGUCACGAGGUCGGAGCCCGGGGCGGGGCUACAGCAAGGCAGCGAGCCGGGGUCGCAGUAAGAGCAGGCAAAGGAGCCGCAGUGUGAGCAGCAGCUCGAGCUCCAGCAGCAACGAUGACAGCGACAAGAAAUCCAGAAUAGAAUUCAAAGAGCUAGAGACAGCUCGACGCAGGAAGGAGCUGGAGGAGAUGCUGGGUCAACCCACCAAAUCUAUCCUGAAGAAACGCAACGACUCAGAGGACUCGCCUUCACUGCGGAGCUUGGACUCUCCCCGAGGUGAGAGCUCCAGCUUGUCUCGGGUGGCUGAGCAGUUGCUGCAGGCUGUUAAAGGCAUGGAGCCUCACAUGGUUGCCACCAUGUUGUCAGAGCUGCGCUCGGACCCACACAUGGCUCACCGGGCUGGCCUGGAUGCUGAGAUCAAGGAAAUCCUGAACCUGCUUGGGGGGCAGGCAGAAGGGGGCAACGCUCCGGAGAAGAAUGAAGAUGACAUCGAUGACGAGGAGAAGUUCCUGUAUGGAGACGCUGAGGAGCAAAAACCACCGCCCUCGUCUGAGCCACUCAGGCACCACGGGCUGGAUCUGUACGGAGACGUGACAGAAGAUGCACUGUAUGGAGACUACCCUCCACAGAUGGCUGUCAGCAGUCAGAUGUAUGGCCUCCCACAAGGGGCCUCCCCUCACCUUUCAGUUCCCCCCACAAUGGGGGAGGCGGACAUGAGGUACGCGAGCCGGCCCACCAUCAGCCCAGAACAGAACAUCAAGAUCCAGGUAUCGAAUCCUGCCUACCCUCCGGGGACAGAGCCUCUUGAGGAGGGUGAGCGUCAGGCGGUUGAGGAGUAUGAGAAGAUCCAGGACCUGCUGAAGACCAUCGGCCUGGACCUUGGUGUGACUGAGAUUAGCAAGAUGGCUGCCAGGACCAAAGAGCGUCUCCAUGGUAACAAGCCCCCACCAAAGACACCAACGCGCAGACGGUACUCUUCUGACAGCUCUGACGACAGUCGGCAAAGCCGGGGCCGCAGGAGGAGGAGCCAUAGCGGCAGCUCCAGCAGUAGUAGCAGCAGGAGUCACAGCCGUGGCAGGGGAGCAAGCUGGAGCAGCAAUAACAGCAACAGGAAGAGCUCUGCUCCACCCAAGUCACACAAAGACAAAGACAGAGACGUGAAGGAGAUGAAGGCUGGGCGGAGCGAGGCAGCUCUGCCCCAGCCGCCGCCUAAGCUGCCACCACAGCAGCUGACACAAACGACUGACCCCAACACAGUUCCCUCUCACCCCGGGGUGCCCAUACCCACAUACCCCCCCUCACAGGUCCACAGCAUGAUACCCCCAAACUACCCCCCGCCAGGGUAUGGCCAGUAUGGAAACUAUCAUCCCUACAUGCACCAGCAGUGGCCACCCAUGUACCCACCCCCUAUGACAGUGCCUCCCCAGACUGGCCCCGAGGAGUUCCCCCCAACGCUGCCGUACAAUCAGCAAUACAACAAGCCAACCCCUGAGCCAGGGGCCAAAGGGCUGGGAAAGAGCUCUGUUCAGGACGUGGCGAAGGGAAGCUGUAAAGUAAGCAGCCAUGACAGGACCGUUUCAGAGGAGCAGAACAACGAGAGCCAGAAACAGAAGGUUCUGGAGGAGAGAGAGAAGCUGAAACAGGAGAGGGAGACCAGGAUGAAGAAAAAAGAAUAUCUGAUGAAGGAGCUGGAGAGACUCAGAAAGCAACAAGGUGAGCUCCUCAGAAAGAAGCGUCGGGAGAAGGACGGGCACAAAGACCCCCUGCUGCAGGAGAUCAGCCGCCUGCAAGAGGAGGUCAUGACUCAGAUCUCAAACCUGCGCAAAGAGCACGAGACUGCCGAGAAGAAACGCAGCGAAAUCGACAAGGUAGCACUAAUCCUAGGCUUGAACCCGUCUGACCGACCACGCAAGACGGGCAAGCAACCCGAGGAACCUGAGGAACCGGAGAACCAGCCACCAAAGCUGCCCCCACCAGAGAAGAAGAAACGGUUGGCUGAUAAGAGUCCAGAGAGAAGACAGACAGCCAACAGUUCCACCAUAAAGACCUCAGUGGAACCACCGUUGGCGCCAAGAAGACCAUCCUUGGACAAGACACCUGUCAGCGCACCGCCUCCAACCCCACCGCCAGAUCCAUUUGAUUACUAUGAUGCUGGAAACCACUGGUGCAAAAACUGUAACGUCACCUCUGGUUCCAUGUUUGAUUUUUUCACGCACUUGCACAACAAAACGCAUCGCAAGACUCUGGAUCCAUACGACCGGCCGUGGGCUCCCACACCUACCAAAAUCGCAAAGAACACUUCAUCAGUAGAGAAGCUUACUAAACCAGCCAAAGGCUCGGAGUUCUUGCUGCCUGUCAGAGGAUUCUUCUGCCUCUUGUGCAAAGAGUUUUAUGGAGACGCCAUCUGUGCAGAAGAGCAUGUCACCACACAUACCCACAAUGAAAACUACAAGAAACAAAUGUAUGAGAAUCCAUUGUAUGAACAGAGGAGGAACCUUGAUCGACAGGCAGGGCUGACCUUAGAGACAAGUGGAAAGAAACGCAAACAUGAGGACAGUGAGAAGGGCAACAACGACAAGGAGGAAAAGUCCAAACACAAAAAGGAGAAAAAGGAAAAGGACAGAAAGAAGGAAACAGAUGACACUCUUCAGAAGGAGGAGAAACUUAAAGUAAAAAAGGAAGAACAGGAGGGAAAAACAAAGCCAGGCAAGAAAGAGCAGGAUUUUAAAGAUCCAAAAAGCUCAGAUGGGGAGAGGCCUAUCUACAACAAAAAAGAUGAAAGUGAAAAGUAUAAAUUCAUCAAAAAGGAUGAUAAAUACCGCUACAACAGAGAAGAAGAGGAGGCUGAUAAAUACAGCAAAAGAGAAGAAGACCGAUACAAAUAUGGCAGAGAAGAAGAAUUCCGUUAUCGAUAUCGCAAGGAUGAGGAUGACAAAUAUGACCAUCCAAAAUAUGGGCCGAGAAACGACGAGAGUCGGUAUAAAUAUGGUAAAUCUUCAGAUUUCAGAUCCAAGAAUGACAGAGAGGAAGGUAAACCUAAAGUGGAAAGGGAAGCUUUUAGAAAACUUGAACCAGAGAAACCAGCAGCAAAACCAGAGGUUAGCAAGGCUGAACCUCCAACAAAGCCCUAUGACCUGCCCAAAGUCUUCUGUGGACCCAGCCCUGCCAUGAGGGCAAAGCUUCGCAAGCAGAGUCUGGAAGCAGGCAAACCAGCUACCCCCACUCCAACCACUUCAUUCGGAAGGUUCACAUGGAAAAAGAAGGAGAAUGUUCUGGCAAAGGAGGCACAGAAAGCAGCUGCAGAGUUCGUCAAGGAUGACGAAGAUGCUUCAAUGCAGGAACCUGCAUCGGUGGAAGAUUCUUUUGCUAAAUCUAUGGCUGUUGCUAAGGAGAUUGCCCAGAAGCUUAGUGGUCAUCAGACAGUGCCUUCUCCCUGGGUGUCAAACACUGGCAACAGAGGAAGAAUAAGGCCAAACCUGCCUGCACCAGCAGCAGUAAUGCGGAAAGCAGCAAUGACGGGUAAACCUGCCCCUCUUAAUACCUUCCUCUCCAUCAGACCCCAAAACACAUCUUUACAAGGGCCUUCUCCUAAAGACUUACCAACAUUAAAUGAACUUGCAAAUACUGUUAGUUUACCAUACAUACCAAUGCAUGCAACAUCGAAGGCUGAACCUCAGGUAGUUGGUGUAAAAGCUAUUUCCCAAGCAUCAGGACCUGAGUCUUUUAAGCCUAAAACUGAUCCACCAGUCUUUGGACCUGUCCCAUUUCAAGCCAAUCCUGCACCACCUGUUUCUAAAUCUGCAAUGCCUGAGGUCAAACCCCCACAACCCAUUUCAAAACCUCCACCAUUCGAGGUUCAACCUGCACCCCCAGUUUCUAAACCUUCUCAAAUUGACGCAAAGCUUGUGCCAUCAGAUUAUAAACCUUUGCCAUUUCAGGCUACCACUGCAUCGUCAUCUGUAACCACCUCUGCCCCUUCUGUGUUUAAACCUUCACAGCCAACAAUGAUAAAAAUCGUGUCUGAUGUGGCAGCUCCUGGUGUACCAGAGAGUGAGCAAACACGUACUGUGUUUGUUAAGCCUCCACCUUUUAUGAAAAUUAGUGAAGGAGCUCAAAAGUCUGAGAAACUUAAGAGUACCCUGGCUGCUGCCAAGGCCAAGGACUUAUUUGACAUAUUCUAUAGUAGUGUUGGUAAAUCAAACUCCUCAACUGUCACCAAAACAGCAACAGACACAAAAGCUGAUAGGCGUAGUACCAAUAAAAGUGAGCUUUCUACCCUCCAAGUACUAAAAACUCAACCACAGCAUCAGUUAGUUAGUCUGUCCCAACCUCCAGCUGUGGUCUGUACUGCUCCACAACCUGACUCAAACAAAUCCAGUCCCCAAACCCAGCCAGAAAUGUACAAGAAUCCACCAGGCCCCCUAAUCCAGACAGAAACGAAAAAGAAUCCACCAGGUCCCCAAAUCCAGCCAGAAACAGACAAGAAUCCACCAGGUCCCAAAUUCCAGACAGAAACAGACAAGAAUCCACCAGGUCCUAAAAUCCAGCAAAUAACUGAGAAAACCCCACCAAGUCCUCCAGUCCAGCCAGAAACAGACAAGAAUCCACCAGGUCUCCGAACCCAGCCAGAAUCAGACAUCCAAAUUGCAUCUGUUUGGUCGUUGCAGCCUACCCUAGCUCCAAAACCUGAUGGUGGUCCUUGUGAAACAACUUCACAAUCCAACCAACCUAUACUGAAUCGAACAUCCUUGUCUGAGGCUCAGAAUGCACCCCAAAACCAGUCCUUGAUUUCUAGACCUGCUUCCCAAAUCACUGCACGAACAGAUGCUGAGCUAGAACAAGCAUCUCCAAUCCAAACCGACCCACAAUCUGAUCCCCUAACAAACCAGGACACCCUGCCCCAGGCUUGUCCAGAGACUCAUCUUGAUACAGUUCCAGUUCCUGAACCCAAAGCAGGCCGAAAAACUAGAGGCAAAAUAACUCCUACAAAGAAAACUGCUGCAGCCCGCCCUGUUCGACAAACCAGAUCCCAAACCAGAUACCAGACCCGACAUCAGCAGCAGAGCCAGUCUGAGCCUGAGCAUGAGCUUGCCUCAGGAGAUUCUGACUCGGCUGCUUCAGACUCAAAGGGGCUUGACACAUCAGAUUCUGGCCCUGGUUUGCAACCUGGGGAAGCAGCAGCUGGUGAAGGUGAACCCCCGAUGGUGGAGAUGACCCCUGAAACCUUGGGCCUCCCCUCUGACAUGACCUCUCUGGACUUUGAAUAUGACUUUAAUUUUGAAUAGGAACUCACCAAACAUCCAUUUGUCCAAGAUGUACAGAAGAUCAGUCAUUUACUGGACAUAAAGGCAGCUGGAAGUGGCGAGAAUGGCACUCACACUGACAGACUUGUGACUUUUAAAACACCAACCUUCAUCUGGCAAGUUUGUCAUAUACCUUUUUGUUGUCAGUGGUCUUUAGAGUCUAAUAUUUUGAUGGAUAUCAGUUCAGUUUUACGGCACAUUGUUUUAGAAACACAAACCAAAAAUUCAAAGAAUUGGAGUAUUUGAUUCAUGCCUCUGCCUUCACAGUCUGACAUAAGAAAUGAUGCGUCUGUUGUAGACAUCCCUUAUGAAACUUUAAUGGAAACAGACAAUUUAACCCGAUGCAAAAAAAAAUGCACUCGUUACAAUGAACAUAGAGGUAAUACUUCUUAGGUUGUGUUGCUAGUCAGUGUUCCUGUCUUUCCUAUCACAAUGAACGCAAAGAAAAAUGUAAUUGAGUUCAAUUGUCUACUUUUUGGACAACAGUGGAGCUUUUUGAAAGUUACACGCUCGGUUAUGUGCCCAAAUGGUCUGGAUCUAAUUGUCACAGUUCAGUGGCUUCCAAUCUGUGUUGAAAUGAGAAGUGUAAAGUGCAAGACCUAUGACUUAUGGCACCAUUCUUUCAAUACAAUGUUAAAGUUAAAAAGUUGGGCUCAUAGACUAUAUUUAAGAAGUGGAGAUAGAAAGAAUUGUACUUUUCUUGCAACUGAAAGAGCC